AUGACGCUUCACGCUCAGGAGGAGACCUCCCCUCACAUGCCUGUGACGCAGGCCAAAACUCUCUCAGCCAGGCAGGACCCACUGCGUCGCCGCGCGGCAAUACGGCGCUUUGCACCGUGGCGUGCCGAUCAUGUCGCUGAUGCGGGCAACGAAGAACCCAGUGUGGACGCGUCCUGCGAGCCGCUACCUGACGUUCCCCGCCCCAACGUGCAAAGGCUCGAACGACCUCCAAGGCAGCCUGUCACUGCGCCGUUUCGUUGCCUGCUUCGUCAGAGAUUGGCGUUGCGUCCGGCAGGUGGCAUCGCCGACGACGGCACUUUCACCUCUGCCGUGUUGUAUCCAUUGCGCAAGCUACGUGAGCUCGGCGCGUUUGCUUCCAACCAGCGGGCGAUAGAACCAACGGAUUUUGCGCUACUUUUAGACGAAUUUGUUAUUCCUGCGUAUCAUACGGUGCACCUACACGAUGUUGAAGGAAGGAUGUUAGUUAUCGAGGCUGACGCCACAGUGGAGACGCCCCCGAUUGACCCCUGCGCGAACCUCUCAGCGCUGCAUUACGGGGACCGCUUUUACAUGAAGCCUUUGCUUGAUCCCCCGAGCAUCUCCAGCAGCCCACACUCAUGGAACGCGGAUAACGGCGUCGAUGUUGCUGACACCGUGCCCCGCUGGAGGCAAUACACUGUGGCGGUGGCGCUCUAUAUUGCGCUGGCGGAAGCCAGGUACUGUGAUCAGGCUUUGCCCUUCCUCUCCUUCCAAUGGAUAAACUGGCGAAGAUUGCUGCGUCACCAGAUGCAUCUGAGACUUGAGCUGAUGGCAAAUAACGUCACGCGUGAGCUGUUGCAGCUCUGCCAUAAUAUUGCCCACCAUCGCCAUCGAAGGGAUGAAAACGGCGGAGGACGCAAAAUACCAGUGGCCUUACAACACCCACUCACAAUGAAGGGCGUACUGCACCGCCCACACACGGGAGAAGGGACCUUGCCAUCCUUGUCUACGCAACCCUUCACAGAUGCGGAGGUGUUUCAGCUCUUUUACCUGCAGCUUGUGUUCCGUGCCGUGUAUGACAUACGAUUCCCUGGGAUGAUCGCCGAGACGGAGGGGAAUACGCUGCGUUCUGAUCUUAUUGGCGUGCAGACAAGUGGGAGGCGACCGUUGGCCUUUGAGCACCCAACUUUUCCUGAUCGCUGGCUCCUCUUUCCGCCACACUCACGGGUGCUUCACUUUGUCUCACUUGAGGAAGCCGUUAUCCCCCGCUAUGCGUCUCCGCGACGAUGUGUGGAAACGGCACGCCAGCGGCUUUUUGGAGCCACGUCAAUGCUGCCGUGUCAAGGUCAAUUGGGACGAGAAGUGGUCAUGAGCUGGGCGAUGCAGCGUGUUAUUCACAGCCCACAAGAUGCCUUUAUUGCCUUGGAAGAAUUAUUUAGCCUCUUUGAGGAUCCCUACGGCGUGGGGCGAACAACACUGUGGCGGGCCUCCGUAUUGCCACGAACAUAUCACUGUGGAUUGAAUUCACUUGCGCGUUUACGUAGGAACAAUGGUGAUUUAUUGCCUUUUUUCUCCUCUCUACAGGCUUCCACUCCCGUUGUUCAGAAGCAGAAUCCUUCCUCAGCUGUACAAGAGCCGCAAAGUGGCGUAGAAAUAAGCGAGGAUCGCAUUGUGCAACGUUGGCGGCAGUACAUUCAAGAAGGUUCUAUUGCGUUGUUUGAGGAAAACACAGACGCGAUUGAGAUUGUAAGGUUCCUCGGGACUGGUGGUAGCAGCUUGGUAUACGAGGGACGACUUGGCCCACGGCGUCUUCCAGUUGCGGUGAAAUGUCUAAUUAUUCCAGCUGACAUGGAUCACGAGACGUAUGUAAAGGAAUCCCUCACGAAUGUGGCGUUCUUUGUUCUUUUUAACCAGAUGGAGAGCUGUGGGAUUCUGCACGGCACACGCAUCUAUGAUUUUGUGGUGAGUAGCACACCCCCCAAAGGGAUGCCAGAGGAGGACGUACGCGUGUGUAGCCGUGGGGUGGAUGCGAACUCUGGCACCAAACUUUGUUACGUCGUCACGCAGCUAAUGGACGGUGUCAUUGGUAGGUUUCUGACGCAGGAAGACGAUGAUUUUGACCCUUGUUACGAUGUACUUGUGAACACGCCCCUGCGUGAUGGGGAGGUCUUUCAAUUUUUGUACACCCAACUUGUGGCGCGGGCGUUGUUUGAUUAUACCGUUUUGGACCUCAUGCUGCAUGGUCAGCUUCGCGGCGACAACCUUGGCUACGCGCUUGUCUCCCGUCGGGAAGGGUCCACCCCCCUUCUUCCAUCGUACGAAGGCAUCGUCGUUGUGUUUCAGACAAGCAAAGACACUGCCCCACGAUAUUUGCGCUUUCCUGUAGACGUCUCUAAUCCAGGGAAAGUUGGGUCGCUGCGCUUCAUCUGCUUUAUCGACCUUGGCCAGGGGAAGCAGCCGCAGGCGGCGGAACUGACGCGGCUUGGACUCAUUGGUGAGACAGUUGUGGAAUCCUGCGUCGUGGACGAUGGACUUGGCCGCUACUGGCCGCUGGACCGCAUUUACAGUAAAUACAUCGAGGCGAGUGGCGCGUUAGGCCGCAGCGCGCUGGAAUGGGGAGCCGGUCUUUGCAUUGACUCGCCGCAAGCCGCAGAGGCCGCAUUGGAGGGGCUGUUUGAGCUUUACGAGCCCAGCUACGGUGUGCCCGCGCCAACGUCAGAGGAGCUCGCCAAACACGCUGUCUUUGUAUGGACGCCGACCACCGUUGCGGAACUGCGUCGUUGCUAUGUCUACCGCGACAGGAACAACCGAUGA